UUGUAGGUCCCGCCGCUUUGCACUUAGCGGCCCAGUCUGGCUCUCUCGAGUCUCUUCAUUUCCUCCUGGCUCUCAAAGCCGAUUACAGGAUGCCCGACAACCGAGGGUGGAUGCCCAUUCAUUUUGCCGCCUAUUACGACAACAUCGCCUGCUUUGCCGUUCUGUACCGGAAGAGCCCAGACCUUCUGGAGGCGGAGACACGGGCUGAACAUCACUCCACCCCGCUUUUGCUCGCGGCCACCUCUGGAGCAUUAGACACGAUUCAGUAUUUGUUCACCCUCCUUGUCAACUGGCUCAAAAAGGACAGUGAAGGAAACAACAUGAUCCAUUUGGCGGUGCUGAACUUUCAUACGGAAGUUCUCAAGCAUUUGAUCGAACUGGAUCUCCCUGAUCUCCCAGUAUGGACGACUCUUGUCGGGAUGCUAGACUGUAUCGAAUACGUGAGGAGAGAAAUGGCGGUACGCUGUUUGGAAGUUCUUUGUCUCGCCAAAGACCACUACUGGAAGUUCAUUUUGGAUGCAGGGACCAUCCCCUCACUCAUCAACUUGUUGAAAAGCCAGUCGGUCAAGCUGGAAUGCAUCACUAUGGGGGUGCUGAUCAACAUCACCACCAACGACCCCAUCGCUAGAGCCUUCGCCGAGUCAGGAGGCGUCACGGUGCUGAUUAAGUUGUUGGCCAGCGAUGAACCGGAGCUGCUGUCCCGUUGUGCGGUCGUUUUACAUGACAUCGCUCAGCUGGAUGAUUAUCAGGCCGCCAUUGCUGAACUGGGUGCCAUUCCAGCCCUUGUCAAUCGGUUGCACUAUGAGAUUGAAGACCUGCUUGUGAAUGUCAUCAACUGUAUCCGUGUUUUGUGCAUCAACAACAAAGCGAAUCAGCUGAAAGUGAAAGAAUGCAGGGGCAUCAAACCGCUGGUUCAGUUCUUGUCAUCGGACUCGGAUGUGCUGUUGGCCGUGGCUUCCGCAGCCAUCGCGGAACUCGCGCGGGGGAAUACGAAGAUGCAGAAUGCCAUCGUGGAAGCGCACGUGAUCAGUCCCCUUGUGGAGCUUCUCAGGGGAAGGAAGACCAGCGUGCAAGUUAAAGGCGCCAUGGCCAUCCAGACGCUCUGCGAAAGGAACACUUACAUCCAGAUGAGGUUUCUGGCCAAACCUUAUGGUAAAAGGUUUUUGGUUUUAUUUUGGCCCCAUCUCCAGGCUUUUCAACUGAAAGUUAAGGAGCAAGGUGCCAUAACUCUCUGGGCACUGGCUGGGCAAACCUUGAAGCAACAGAAAUACAUGGCAGAGCAAAUCGGGUACAACCUUAUUAUAGAUAUGCUUCUCUCGCCCUCGGAUAAAAUGCAGUGUGUCGGAGGCGAAGCCGUCAUCGCUCUUAGCAAGGACAGCCAAAUGCAUCAAAACCAAAUAUGCAAAGGAAAUGGGAUCGCCCCAUUAGUUCGCCUGCUGAGGAGCUCGAGGAUAGCCGAGGGAACCCUGCUGAGUAUCAUCCGAGCUUUGGGGACCAUGUGUGUGGGGGAAGCUAUCAUCAGCAAUCCAGUCAGUCAAGAGAACGUAGUGGACGAAGGGGCCUUGCCAAUACUGGUGAAUUUACUUCAGACUCAUCAUUCUCUUCAGAUAAAGGUUGAAGUUGCCGUUUCUUUGGCGUGUAUCGUCUUAAAGAACAGCCGCCUCCAGGUUGUGUUACAAGAUCAGGAAGGUUUCUGUUAUUCCGACGUCCUUCAUCUUCUUUAUUCAACAGACAAGGAUAUCCGUUUACGGGCCGGCUACGCCAUCACUCUUUUCGCUUAUAAUAACCCCGCCCAGCAGUUUUUGAUCCUGGAAAGCGGUCCCAUAUCCAUGUCAGUAUUUGAACCUUUUCUGGAAUCGGCAGUAGAGACAGAGAGGGCGAUGGCUGCUUUUCAGAUUGUUGUACUGGCUAGAAUUAUUGUUGAUAAGGACCCGGUGAGUUUGUCUGCACGGGGAGUUUCGAUUCUGGUGGACCUACUAUGUUCAGAAGAGGCCAGUACUCUGGUGUUAACAGGAAAGUUGUUGGCUAGUCUAGCGCACACGAGAGCAGGUAUUCCUGAAGCCAUCACAAGCCUGGGGACCAUUCAACGUCUUUGUUAUCAUUUGUAUGCCAAAGAAGAAGAGGUUUGCAUAUCCAUGGCGUGUGCUCUGGGAUACUUGACGUACAACCGGACCGCCUACCGCCAUCUGCUAGUGCAAUGCAGGAAUAAGCCCAAGCUGUUCAAGAGACUGAUAAAGAACCUCAGCAGAGACGCAAGGAUAAACCCAGAGUUUGUGAAGGAAUUCAGAAGACAGAAAAAAGUCGGGCUUCCAUCUCUCAGUUUGGAGAUAAAUGGAGGCCCACCUGCUGUUCCGGUACACAUACAAGAUAAAUCACAGGAAGGUGGUGUCAAAGUGUACAAAUCCAGGUUUCACCCGAAGGAUUCCCUCUUUUUAGUCCCCACGACCACUCACCUCAUGGGAAGAUUCAGGAUGCCAGAGAAGCCCCGCAUCCCCCCCUCGGGGCACUAUCAACCUCCACACACCACAGCCUCCGACCUCAUCCAAGUCGUGCGACCCAGAAUCGUUGACAUUGGCGCCCUCCGGUGCAACGCGCCUGGAAAGAAAUCUUAA